UAUAUAUAUAUAUAUAUAUAUAUAUAUACCGAUGUGUAUAGUACUUUACUCCAUAUAAUACUAAUCCAUAAAACCAAGCAACAGCGGUCUUGGAAUUGAUAUGCGCAGAGACUCUGGAGUUCAAAGCGAAACAAAAAUGACGGAUGACAGGCGUGUUCCAGGUUCGAAUAGCUGGGUUGUCUCCACGCUGGGCACGGGUCCCACUAUGUGAACCGAAGAACCACACCGUAAGCUUUUACUUUUCCACGGAGCAUUUAAUGGAGCAAUCCACAGUAAAGAAUCAUCCUUCAAAUGAAAGAACUGUCAUAGAUUCAUAUUUGAUGUCCUGUAGUCUCCAACUCCCCAAUUACCACGAGCAGCAGAGUGGUGAAUUCUUUGCUGAAACGAUCAGGGAAAGCAUGAGUCUACUACUAUCGAUUGCUGCAGUGCAUGUACUGUAUGUAUCUACCACCGUACUGUUAUGCAGGGUGGAUACUAAGGACGCUGGCUUGUUCGGCCGGUAGGAGAG